AUGGAGCACCUGAACCAAAUCCCCUUGUCCAGCUAUUGGCUUUCCGUGUGCUGUUGGCUGUCCUUCAUCUCCUGGCCGGGUCCUUUCUGUUCACUGCAAGGCUGGGCUGACACAGAGACCCUGGACCACAGGGAUCAAACACGUCUGCCCAGCACUGUAUCCUUCCUCUCACAGCUGCUGUGUGGGCACUAUGACUGGUCCUCCCGGUGGCUGAGGUCUUCCCCGGACCAGGAGACACAGAUCCCUGCUGUGCAGGGCGCAGAGGCUGUGGGAGAGGAAGGAGUGCGUGGUGAGUGGAAGGUUCUCGUUGUGUGGAUGUCCCCGGGCAAAGGUGACUCCACGAUGGGCUAUGUUAAUUCUACCCCAAGACCCUGGAAUUGGAUGGAGGAGAAUAUUUCUAACCUUGUACAUAUCCAGGCUGCAUGGAUCACUUACCCUCUUGGCACCGCCAUCUCCCUCCUAGGGCUGGGGGGCAAUGGACUCGUCUACGUCUUCCUGGUCUGCUCUGUUGAGUGGGACCACUUCUCUGUCUUUCUUUUUCACUUGGCUCUGGCUGAUUUUAGCCUCCUUGCCUGUCUGGUAGUGCAUUUCAUGGGAAAGAUCCUUGAGUAUUUUCAUGCCAUCUGGAUUUCAUGUCCAUACCUGGAGUCUUUCAUUCCCACGUUCUACGUAGCAGUGCUCUGCCUGGUGGUCACCAUCAGUGUGAGCCACUCCCUGUCCAUCUUCUUCCUCAUCUGGUACCGACUGCAUUCUCCGAAGUAUGCGUCCACCAUCGUGUGCAUUCUGACCUGGGUCUUGGCCAUUUCCCUAAUUGUGCUGAAUGAAACGUUCUAUGACUCUGAUUCAAUAGAUAGAACAUUUUGUUACUCAUACAUUACAGUGAUGCUUCUGUUUAUCAUCACUGUUCUGUCUGUCACACUACCAUGCACUGUGAUUAUGCUGCUGAAAAUCAAGUGUGUCUCCAGGGUGCAUCCACCCCGCAAGCUGUACAUCGCCAUGGCCCUCUCAGCUGUGUCCCUUGUAUGUUUGGCCCUCCCUGUACUGCAACCCUUUCUGUAUGAUAAAUAUGAUCUCCCAUAUAAUGAGGAGCUUUUGUUACUGUUCUCCUGUGUGAACAGCAGCGCCAACCCCUUGGUUUAUUACUUUGCAGGGAGAAUGGGAAGCCAGAGGCUCUGGCUACACUUAAGGGAGGUUUUCCAGAGGGCCAUGGGGGAAGAGUUGGACCCCUCUCCCGGACCCUCUGGUCACUCCACCUAA